CGAAACGUUGGGUAGAGUCUAUGCUAUUGGCUGGUGUUCGUGUACCGCGUUGCGCUGGCGACCUCCGGCGACAUGGGUACACGUUCAUUCUGCUUUUAGCGCAGUUCUGCUUUUAGCGCAGUUCUGGGAACAACCACCCUCACUGGACCGAUCUGCAGGCUUCGCCCACCGCUGCCAUGGCUUCCAAGCCACCUGCAGGCUUCAUGCCGAUUCUCCAGCGAGAAGCUCCGUACCAGGAUCUCGACACGCUGGCAGCUUUCGUGCUACCGUUGAUUCAGCCUCUUCAUGCUCCACCUGUGGCAACCCAGCAGCGGCAUCGACUCAAGGGCAAGAGCAAGAGUCGACCCACGACCAGUAGCGAGCGAGGCAUCAAGUUCCGUCAUCGGCAACAGGAGAAGCAGAUCGCAUUGCUCUCGAACAAUCAGAUGCUGCGCCAGCAAGUGCUGCGACUUCAAGAUCUGCGGGACAUGCGUACGCAACAGUCGCUCUCGACGCCCUACUCGGCCGCCGGAUCAUCGCCCAUGAACUUUGUCAUGGAAUAUUUCAACCAGUUCCGUAUCGGACUGAGUGUCCCCGGAGCCCCAGCGAACGUGCUAUCAUCUGACAAGCAAAGAAGCUUUUUGAACGCGAUGAUCGAGCCUCAUACCACACUGGGAGGCAAGCCUGCAGCCAACAGGAUCCUCAGCGUCUGGGAGAGCUAUUCAAAAUUCCACUCGUCCGUCAAGCUCUCGUGCGACUCGACGGAGCUGAUCACCGCCGACAAUUGCUCGAGUGUCGUCGUCCAUGGCACUCUACACUUGCGUUACUCGCGACGCACCAUUGAGAACGUGUAUCCUCAUGCCGUUGCAGAGGAGGAUCUCAUUCAGAUACUAAUAGGCAGACAACUGCAUGUACACUACAGAGCUGAGAUGCACUUCAACUCGAAGGGAAGGCUGGAGUCGUACGCGAUGUCGCCGGACUUUGUGGGGGCGCUCAUGGAGAUUCUCCGCAGCUGGAGGGACUGUGAGAGGAUAUUAGGUCGCGCGCUGAUCAAAGGACACGUGCUCGGUGAGGAACCCGAGCCGGAAGUGGACAUGGAGCCUGUUGAGAUUGUGUCGGACGCGGAAAUUAAAUCUGAUGUUCAAGAGACCUCUUCAUCGUCGAUACUUCACCAGAUCGAGGAGACAGAGGAGCCAGCUCGAACAACUUCGCGGGCAAUGAAGCUUGACUACAUUCUGUCGUAAGAAGCGUGCUGGUAGCAAGCAAUGUUGGAGCUCUUUCAAUUUGAAAAACUUGUGUUUAAAAAAGCACUGACGCUAAUAAUAAUAAAAAAGGUUUCUUUGCGGCAGCUACCGAUGCCUGCUUU